AAGUAUCUUGUGAUUCUGAAUGAUCAGUCACCAAAAAGAAACUCUUCUUUAAGCUGAAUCAUCUCCUCCCGAUCUCUUUUUCAGUCACGUCAUGCCAUCUUCUGCAUUUCUUCUUCCUCACGAAUAAUUCAUUUGACACCCAAUUUCUCUUUCUUAAUUUCUUCUUCUUCUUCUGCCUGACCUGAAAGUUGAAGGCUUCUUCUUGUCCAUCCAUGGCAGCUCUUCCUGUGGGUUAUUACUGUCACACCAGAAGGGGACCCACUACUGAAAUCAGAAACAGAAAGGGCCCCAGGAUUCUGAUUCUACAAUCCUGCCAGAGCAGAGGACCUGCGAAUGGAUCUAAUGCCCAAGCGAACAAAGAGAUCAUGGGAGGGAAAUUAGGGUUUCUGAAAUUGUUGAACAGUUUUGAGAAGGUUGGGAGGAAGGUGAAGCAGAAUCUGAGUCCACAGCAGAAGGGCGAUUGGAAAGACUUGUUACUUAUGAGUUUAUCUUUUGCUGUUUAUGUGUAUAUUUCCCAGAAGCUUGUCUGUGCUUAUUGUGCCUGGACUUCUAUUCCCAAACAACCAUGGUAGUUUAUUUGUUGCGUCUUUAUCUUCAUAGUUCAUUUUCUAUCUCAGAAAGGAAGUCAAUAAAUAAGACCUAAUUUAUUCCCUUUUACUGCUUUA